AUGGUGACCAGGUGGAGCCAGAAGAGCCCCGGCCUCAAGAUCCUGUGGAUCUGGACCCUGGGCACCGCCGCGAUCAUGAUCACCAACGUCGUCCGGACGCGCGUCAACGAUAUGCAGAUGAUCCUCCGGGAGGAAGACGAAGCCGCUGGCUCCGGCGGCGGCGGUGGCGGCACCGGGGGCGGGGCCUCCGGCGAGCGCGUCAUGAGAGACGACGAGUUGACUUGA